AAGAGCUGGUAGGCCGGGGUUAACCUGAAUGACUUUCUCCACGCUGUCUCUUCCCCGGACUUCCGUCUUAUAAGAGCGAAAAGGAGUCCUGCUGCAUCUUUUUUCUGAUCCUGCUUUUGUCAAAAUAUCGUUCCUCCCCUUCCCUUGCUGCCAGGACACACUUAUCUCACCCCCUUCCUUGUCUUCAUUUAUUGACGUCAUUAUGUCCUCUCCCCAGCAACGUCUCAGCCAGGUGGCUUCUCACUUCGGUCCCGGAGGCAAGAAAGGCGCUGCAGCCCUCACGGAGAAGAACCCCGAUGAUAUUGUUGUGACAUGUGCUCUGCGGACGGCUCUCACCAAGGGUGGAAAGGGCGGCUUCAAGGAUACCGCCGCCGCCGACCUGCUGGCAGGUGUUUUCAGGGCGGUGAUCGACCGGAGCAACAUCGACCCCAGCGUCGUUGAAGACAUCGCUGUCGGAUCGGUUCUGCCCCCUGGUGGUGGUGCUACUGAGUUCCGUGCGGCUGCGCUCGUCGCUGGAUUCCCUGAGACCGCGGCUGUGAAGAGCUUGAACCGUCAGUGUUCCAGUGGCCUUCAAGCUAUCGUUGACAUUGCCAACGCUAUUCGAUCCGGUAUGAUUGAGGUUGGUAUUGGUGCUGGCGUUGAGAGCAUGUCCUCGCAAUAUGGUCCCGGCGCCGUGACCGAAUUCUCCGAGCUGCUGGAGAGCCACCCGGAGUCCGCCAACUGCAAGGUGCCCAUGGGUGUCCUGUCGGAGCAGAUGGCCAAGGACCGGAAGAUCACGCGUGCAGCGCAGGAUGCCUUUGCUGCCUCCUCCUACCAGAAGGCGGUCAAGGCGCAGAAGGCCGGGCUCUUCAACGAGGAGAUUGUCCCCCUGCAGGUGAAGUGGACCGACCCCAAGACCAACGAGGAGAAGACCAUCACCGUCAAGGCCGACGACGGGAUCCGCGACGGCAUCACCGCCGAGUCGCUGGGCAAGAUCCGGCCCGCCUUCGCCAAGGACGGCUCCAUCCACGCCGGCAACGCCUCGCAGAUCUCCGACGGCGCCGCCGCCGUGCUGCUGAUGAAGCGGUCCACCGCCGAGCGUCUCGGCCAGAAGAUCAUCGGCAAGUACGUCACCGGCAGCGUCGUGGGUGUGAAACCUCUGCUCAUGGGCAUCGGCCCGUGGAAGGCGAUCCCUGUGGCGCUGGAGAAGGCGGGCAUCACCAAGGACGACGUCGACAUCUACGAGAUCAACGAGGCCUUCGCUUCGCAGUGCGUGUGGUGCGUCAACGAGCUGGGGCUGCCGCAGGAGAAGAUCAACCCCAAGGGUGGCGCUAUCGCUUUCGGUCACCCGCUCGGCUGCACUGGAUCUCGACAGGUCAGCACACUUCUGACGGAGCUGAAGCGGACCAACAAGAAGAUCGGUGUCACCAGCAUGUGUGUUGGUACGGGUAUGGGUAUGGCCGCCGUGUGGGUGGCGGAGUAAGCAGUUGGACGAGGGGGAAAAAUUAGAAUGAGCUGGCUUCAUGUGAAUCUUCUCUCCUUUUUGUCUUAAUAUAUAAAGAGCGGGCUUCUCUUAACGUUUGUGCUCUCCGCCGUUGUUCUGGACGUUCAGGCGUUGGAUUAAGUCUAAUACCUUGAGAUAUCUUCCAUCCUCAUCAUCUAGAACUC